AUGGAAGCCACGACUCUCAACGUCGCAGCACCCCCGUUUCAGCCUGGCGGAGGCUUCAGCGGCAAUCCUCCCACAGCUCGUCAACCUUUACCUCUACAGAUGCCACCUUCCGCAUCAGGUCAAGCAACGCCCUUACAGGAACGCAAUGGUCAGCAAAUGCUAUCGCAGAUCCAGAAUCAGAUGGUCCCAGGCGGCGGAAUUCCUGGUGGCACAAUCUCUUUGAGCGCCAACUCUCGACCCUUUGUCCCAGGAGGUGCAAAUGCGCCGAUUUUCAAGACUCAAACGCCCACCACCCCAUAUCACCCUGGACCUCCUUCCGUCUCAAAUGUCUCCAGAUCGCCUCUGCCAGCUCACAGGCUAGGCCAUGGCAUCAGCCCAGCAAGCGUACAUCUUACCGGCUUGCCCGCCUUCCUUGCGACACCGCCCAUUAUGACCAACAUACCACCACAGGCUCUUGGCUUUGCAGGUCCACCCUCUCCGCUUUCACCACACGCAUCUGUACCUCCAAGUCCAUUUGUGAUGCCUCAAGGACAGCCCAAUUUCGGCUUGCCUCAUCCUGGCGGGCUCAUGAAUGGCAUCAAGCCACGAAAAGGCAAGGGCCCACAACCAGUCACUCCACUCAAAAGUACCGGCCACAACUCUACACCUUCCAUAUCCAUGAACCCAGCAGCUUUUGCCGCCAGUCUGGCAGCUUUAAAGGCUAAGAAGAAGGUCCUUGUCUCGGUGCCGAAUGAGCAGCCUCUGCCGGAGGAUGAAGAGCUUCUGGCCCAGGAGGAGCAACAUGCUGAGAAUCGACAGGAAUCUCGAGAGAUUGGCGAAGAACACGAUGCAACCUCCGACAAGCGCCAAGCUGCCAAGCGUCGUCAUGCUCGUGCAGCAGCUGCCACGCGACACAAGUGGGUACAGCGCCAACCUUGGAGCUCCGAGCAGCAUGAUCAAGUUCCAUGCAUCCAAGUGCCGGACGAUGCCGUCAUCACCUGCGAGAUUCACCCUGAGCCAUGGCCACACUCGCUUGGCUUGCCGGACACCAUUGAUAUCUAUCUGCCGGGGAUGAGUGCCUGGGACGAGUAUCAAGAGAUGCGCUACGAAGAGCAGCAGAUGGAAGCUGAAGCGGCUGAGCAAGAGGCCCUCUUGUCUCUGCCUCGACCCAAGCCAUUGCUGCCAUCGCAAUCCGCCACAUUCAACGCAGAUCACAAGGGUCGCAGCUUGUCCAUCUCCAGUCCGGCCGACCCAAGCAUGGUCAGCUUCAAGCUCAACCGUUUCUUGCAGUUGCAGCAAGAGUCUCAAAACAAUCCGAACAAGCCUAUCGACACCGACGAUCCUAAUCACCAACAGGACGGCGCAAAGCAUCAACCAUUUGAUCGGUUCAAAUCGGAUCUGCCGGAUCGCUUGCGUGACGCGUUUGCUCGCCGUCGUGGAGAGGACACGACAGAGCUGGGUGUCCGACCUUCGCCCAAGCACAUCCAUACUAUGUCGCUUGGCCUUCCCAGCUCCGGUGGUCCGUUCGGUCCUGAAGUAUUCAGUGCCCUGGACAUGAUCCGAGCCAACUCAGACGAAGGUCCCUCCAAGUCACCUUCCGAGACGCAUGACCUGCCAGAGAAGCCUCUCUCCGACUCAGAAGCCAUAUUUGGCAAGACAGAGCCAUUCCUAGCCCAAAUUGUCGAAGAUGUAGCCGAGGAAGAAGGACAGGAUGAGCUUGUGCAAUCUCCCUUGGAUGCGGCAAAGCAUUCAGGCAGUGGCAACUGGAAAGACUUGGGCAGAGGCUUCGGUUAUGAAGAGACUGAAGCCGGCGCUACUCACAGCCAUGGCCGGUCGCGAAGGCAUGUUCGACAAGCUUCAAGAAUCUCGGUGAGCACAUCUCACCGCGGUGGAGAAGAGAACGGCGACGAGCUCCCCUCGGAUGGUGAUAACGUCGAGAUUCGCACGAAUCCUAGCGAGGACGCUGACGCUUCUGACUUUGAAGAGGACCUCGACGAGUAUGGCCCUGAGCACUGGAAUGCUCGUCGCACCAGUGCCCAUCUUUCUGCUUUCGGCGAUGCUCACGAUCGUCACAACUACGACGACAUGUCGGAUUACAGCGAUGAUGACAGCUUGAGAGACUCGCUGACGCCUUCCGACGAGCAGUUCAGCAAUCCUUCGGACGAAGAAGCUGCAAAGGAAGAGCGUUUUUUACGUCGUCAACUUCGCGCUGAUGAACGAGCUGCUCGCCGAGAGCGAAAGGGCCGCCAGCGCGGUCGCGCCAACACAGACAACACCCUUCCCAGCAGCAGCAUCGGUGAGGGCGACUUGCACGGGCACACUCGCUACGACUUUGCAGAGGGCUCUGCCUAUUUGCAAUAUAACCCACAUGCUCGACGCUCGAUGCAGGCCGACAUCAUCAGCAAUCCCUCAGACGAGAUUCAAUCCGAUCUUGACGACACUGAAACCUUUGGUCACACCGAUCAGUCCAGACGCACGGACAAAGGGACACGAAUGAGCCAGGACUUCCGCUUCCCGCCGCCGAAACCCUCGGCAUCUCACGCGCAGCAGCAAGCGUACGGUGGGAACUCUACCUCAACCAAUGGUGCACCCAUGUCCGGCACUCUCGGACGAGCUUCCGGAAUGUCGAUGCUCAAUCCUGGAGCCAAGGAGUUCAAGUUUGGUGGAAACACGGGCGGCAAUGUUGCCAACAGAGCCGUGUCGGCACCUGUUGCCAGCAACAAAGAUACGCAUGGCGAUGGAGAGGCAGGACACUUCCGCCUGCCGAGCAUCAAGACUUCAAGCUUUGGAUCAGGCGCGCUUGGCGACAUACCAGCUAAUGCUCCUCACCUCAACGUCGGCGCCCCUUCUUUCACGCCCGGUUCGUUCACAUUCAAGUCUGCUGUGCGUCUGCAAGUGCCUGACUUGGAACGAGGUGCUUCACCCAGACCGGAAGGCGCAUCAAUAGGAAUCACUUGCAUUGUUGGAGACGAUGAAGCAGAGAAUCGGGAGAAGCAAGGUCGUGAGAAGCGCACCCGCUACGGUCCUAUCGACUACAACAGCGAAGACGAGCGAGAUGCCGAGUACAACAACAGUCCUCCCAGACCCAAGACAUCGGCAGCAAGUAUCGAAGGACCCAUGCGAGACUUCAGCACUCUGUCUAGACAAGGUCCACCUCCCUUCUUGCCACCUGGUUUCCAGCAGCAGCAGCGUGCGGUAUCGCACGAGUCCCGCUUCACCCCGGCUGCUCCUUCCUUCGUGCCGACAUGGGCUCGAGGUGCAUCUGAGGUCAGUGCCUCGACCAGCUUCAAGCGUCCAACACUCCCUGACUGGGGUCAGCAGGCACAGGGAGUUACCCAGCAGGAUGCAACUCCUUCGAUUCGGGAUCCUUCUUUCUUCACCAGACAGACCGGAACCAAGGCCAUUCCAAUUCGGCGACCGUCCGAGAACGAUCAGUCAGAGUCCAACAAUGCGAGUCGUUCGCCGCAACAGGAUUGCGCGCUCGGGCAGGGCCAGGCUUCGCAAGACAGGCUCUCAGUCGAGAGCGCUCCAGCCUCCUCGGCUGCUUCAGCUGAAGAUAACUGGAACCAGACUGUCGCCAACCCUGACUUGGGCCAGAACUCAACAGAGACGCUACGAGCUCCAGUGACGUGGGGUCGAGCUGCACGACCAGAGUCAGUCUGGCCAGCGGAGCGAUCACGACCCAUACAAAUCCCCGCCGGACCUCACAGCUACCAGUCCUCAGCCGCUUCCUUGGCAUCCGACAUCGGCGCAGGCUUAUCGGUGCGAUGGGGCGACCGACGCCCCUCGUCUAGCAUUGGCAUGUCAUCUGUAGAUAGGCGACUGCGACGAUCGGACCGUGAUUCACAUGGAAGGAUUGUCAGAGACGGCGACGAUGAAGACGACGAGGACGAAAGCCUCACCGACUUUGUCGAGGAGAUCGUAGAGCGCGUCGAUAAGGCACUGGAGGGAUGGGCCGGCAAGAUACUUGAUGAGGUCACCAUUAUGGGUCAGGUGCGUCCGCUUCCACGUGGUGCUGUAGCUGCAGCAGAUCUAUCCUUGGACCAAGACAAGAUUGUGCACGAACUCUCGAGGCGCAUGGAAGAGGUUCUGGACAAUCAGCUGGCUACUACGUUCUCAGCUCACGUACGAAAGUCCACUGACGCUUCAGAUGAAACGCAAGCUACUGUUCGACCCGGUCGACGCCGCAACCCUUCCGCAGAUGAGAAGAUGGCUGCUUCUGGUCUGGUCGAUGCGCCUGGCGAGUGGGACUUUGACUACGUGCAAGACGUCCUCGAGAUGAAGCUUGGCGAGUUCCGCCAGCAGAUUGAGGGGACCAUGGCGCAGGUCAUGCAGAAGGUGGAGUUGAGCCGCAACAACCUCGCUACCUCUGCUAAAGAGGAUGAGCGCAACAUCGAUGGCUUGAAGGGACUCAACACUUCCGGUGACAUGGUGGAAGCUGUCACUUCGCGCCUUGUGACCCAUCUUGCUACUUUGUUCGAGUCACACACCAACUCAGCCAAGCAAGUGCAGUCCGAGUCCGAGACCAAGCUCCAACAGGUGAUGCAGGCCAAGCUCGACGAGAACCUCUUCCUCCUUUCCGAGAAGAGCGCGGGAGACCGAUCCAAUAUCCAGCAGAUGCUCGAAUCCGAGCUGCACGGUCUAGAACGCUCCAUCGGCCAAGUCAGCGACUCCGUCAAGGAGCAACUAGAGUCUGCCCUGAAGGAGUGCUUGCCUCCUCUGCUCGAGGAUAAAGUGGCCAACGAGACAAGCUUGGCAGAUCGUCUUGCCAGCCAGCUCGGUCAAAUUCUCGGUCCUUUGCUAUCAGAAGAACGCAGAGGUCUACUGGAAGACACCCAGAGCAGUCAUGACCUCUUCCUUGAGGCUCUGCCGUCCCCCCUCCGAAUCGCUCAGUCGACCGUCAAGCUUAUGGACCCGAUCGUGCAGAGUCUCAAAAGCGAACCCGUCGACUCGGACGCGCUAGUCACCAGACUUGCAGAGGUGAUUGGCAAGCAAUCUAUCGAGCACAUGGUCGAUCUCAAUCCCGUCUUGGCCCUUCUCGAGCCGCUUAUCUCCAAGCAAGAAGAUGCUAGAUCGAUGAGCAAGAAAAUCCUCCAGCAGCAAGAAGACACCGAACGAACACUGUCGGAGCUUCCAGGUGCGAUCAAUGCCAAGACGGAGAUUUUUCUGUCCAGUGCUAGCGAGACGAGCGAGAAGCAGGGUCUCAUCUUGCAGCAGAUCGCAGAGAUCAAGUCGGAGCUCGAACAGAAGGCAAGUGCUUUGGGUACAGUCUCUGCGGCUGGUGACAAUCCGGAGCUUUAUGAAAAGCUUGAAGAUCUAGCACAGGGCAGGGGGCUGAUGCAAGAGACUGCUGAAAAGACGCUGUCUGAACUUGCUGGUGUUUAUCAAGUGCUCAAUAGCUCUUAUGAGGCACUCGAGCGUCUCGAGAAGCAGUACACUUCGACGGAGGAGGUGCACCGAGAGCUCACCACCAAGCUCGAGAAGCAAGCCGAAGCAAGCUCUGCGAUGGCACGAGAGCUCAGAGAGGCUGAAGCACGGGCUGCUCGCGCUGAAGCUGAAAAGGCUGAACUUGCUGCCAAGGUCACGUCGUCCGACAAGGAAUCUGCUACGCUUCGUGACCAGCUCGCGCAGAUGGCAGCCGAGCUGGCCGCUACCAAGGCUGAGCGGGCUAAGGAGCUCGAUGCGUCCAACAAAGCAGUCUCUGAAGCAGUCGCACGAGCCGACCGAGCAGAGUCCGCCUCCGCCGAAACACAAGACCGUAUGGGUCGUCUGCUCGAACAAGCCACCGUUGCCGAAAGGGAAGCUUACGAGUCCGCGAAAUCAGUCCUGGAACGCGCAUCCAAAGCAGAAGGUCAAGUGGGAGCACUCGAAAAGCGUAUUGCUGAACAAGACAGCAAGAUUGCCAACCUGCAACAACUAUCCGCUACUCAGAAGCAGAAAGCUGCACAAAGCCACCAAAAGCUCGCUGAGGGAGAGAAGAGGGUGAAGGAGCUGGAGGCUAAAGCUGAUCAGUUAUCGGAGGCUACUGUUCGACUCGGUGUGCUUGAAGUCAAAGCUGUCGAGCUAGAGGAGACGAAGAAGAAACUCGCAGAGGGCGAAGAGCGAGAAACACACAUGCGAGAGGAGAUCAGGAGGUAUGACGAGAGGUUCAGCGAGAUGGAACGCGAUCUUGUUACGCUGAAGGACGGGUUCGUGGAGAAGACGGUGCAUAAGAAGACCCAAAAGCAGUUGCAGGAAAGUGAGAAGUUGGUCGAGCAGCUCAAAGCUCAAAUUGAAGCUAUACAAAAGCAAACAACAGCUGAAAAAGAAUGGGAAGCAGUCGAGUCGCUCCAGCCUCCCACUGGUGCCUGGGCAUCAAUGCACGCCCCGAAGUUAUCGAAGGGCGGUUUGAGGGUCAGUAACGGUAGUGUUUCGGCUGAUACUUUAGGGGAGCUGGUGAUGGGGGUGAGAUCCUUUUCGUUCGCGUCUACGGGCAGUAGGAAGGAAGUCGAGGUUGAUGAAGGUGGAUGGUGGUCCUAG